CAAGCCGGCUGGUCACGUGGCUAGCUCCCCAAGCCUCUCUCUCGCACCGCCCCGGCCGCAGAGCGUCGCGCGACUUCCCGUCCCCAUCAGCGCUUCCCCGCCGUUGCCUGGCAACCUCCGCGGCACUACAAGCGACGCUGAAAUAAGGCCUCUGGUCCGCCGGGGCGAUGGCGGAGGCGGCCGGCCCCGUGAUACGGUUUGGGAGGCGCCGAGGGCAAAACCGGGCGUCCGCGCCGGAGUGUCUCCCGGGCCGGGGAAGGCGAAGAGGGGGCGUCGCUGAACGAGGCGAAGAAAAAAAUGACUUCAUUGAAGAUGAAGUUAUGGAGGGAAUAUUUCUUCCGGCGGGAGUAGAUCUUCACCAGAUAACUAUACUUCCUAAGGUGGAAUGGGAAAGGAUUCAAGACAGCCUCAAUGCUUCAGCGAAAGAAGCCGCACGUAUUCGUGCAGAAAGGAAAGAACGGAAGGAUUUGCACUUAAAAUCUCAAGCCCUCAUGAAAAAUUGGACCAAUACUAUUGCAGGUUUGGCUCAGGCAAAGCUGAAAGCCAAAAAAGACCACGAGGAGAAGGUGGAGCAAGAAAAAAGAAAUGCUGAUCUCGAAGAAGCAAAAUACCAGGCAGAGAAGCGAAAAGAAGCCAUUGAAAAAGCCAAAAUCGAUCAUUAUUACCAAAGUGACAGAGUGAAAAGAUUCCAUAAUGCGCUCUUACUUACUGAAGUCUUGAAAGAAAGGGAAGUUCAGAUUGAAUUUCAGAAGAAAAAACAAAAGUUGUAUCAGAGUAAGGAUGAAGAAAUAGAACGUGAACGUCAAAAAGCUAUACUGAAAGAGGAGGAAAAAGUGAAAGAAAGCCGGAGGAAGCGAAUGCAGAUUUGCAAGGAUCAACUGGAACAGAUAAAAGAGCAUGAGCAUUUAGCAGAUGUGAGCAGACUAGAAAGCAUAAAAGAAGGGGAAGAGAUCCAGGCAUUGACCAAGUUAUAUCUCCAGGAAGAGCAGGAAAAAGAGCAGAAGAAGCUGAAAGAGAAGCUGGAGCGCAAACAGGCUCAUCAGGCGUAUGUUGCUGACGAAGUUAUUCUAAAGGCUAUAGAAAAGCAAAAACAAGAAGAAGAUGAUGAUAAAAUUCGAGAACAUGUUAACGCAAAGCGAGCUAUGGUUAAGCUGAGGAAACAAAAAGAAGAAGAAAUGCUCAGGGAAGUAGAGGAAAACAGAGAAAAUAUUGCCAAGUACCUGGCGGCACAGAUGAAAAAGAAAAUUGAUGACGAAGAUGAGCGUAUUGCUAGGAAAAUUGCAGAGACCGAAGAGGAGCGUCAGAAAGAACUCUCAGAAAAAGAAGAAAAGAAAAAAACGGAUUUGAGAUUAAUUGCAGAACACAGAAUCGGUGUGAUGAAAGUGAAAGCGGAAAAAGAAAAACAGGAGAAACAAGAAGCUAAAGAGAUGCUUCGUAAAAUGAUUGAAGCGGAUCGGGUCUACCAGGAAUUGGAGAAAGACAAGAAACACAGAAAUCAUUGCGCAAACUUAAAACUGCAAGAAACCCAUGUCAUGCAAAUUGCUGGAAGACUAGCAAAAGAAAAGCGUGAGAAGCAAGAAGAAACAGACUAUGCUAAACAGAGAGAAUAUCUUGCACAAUAUAAGGAACAGGAAUUCCAGGUGUAUGCAAAGAAAGUGAUUGAUGAAGAAUCUAAAACAGCCCGGAAUCUUUACCCUCUUUUGAAAGUAGUGCAGGAAGGCAGUGGUUAUGGGACACUUUAUAGGGAAAGGGAAGAAGUAAAAUCUCGUGAUCAGAAUACUCAACUACCUUAUAUUGGUAACACAGCCCAAGAAAUGAAGCUUCUAAAUGAACAACACUUCGAGGCUUCUAAGGGACGGCUAGGUUUUACAUGGUAAUUUAAACAAUCCUUAAGAAUGUAUUGCAGUUUAAAAUGGCCAGAAUUGCAAAACAUGCUGUAUAAAAAAUUGCAGAUUUAAAAUUAAUAUCUUGAAUAAACUGUGCACCUCUCAAAAUA